AUGGACAAACUUGAUCUAGGGAAUCGUAUGGCGCUGCUUGAGGAGCGGCUUUGGGGCUUGAGUGAGUCCGGGAACCCACCAGAAGAAAUCGUCAGGGGAUGGAUGACGCCGCAACAAGUCACGCCUACGCCACAUAAUGAACUAGCGACCCUAGAAAAAGUGUACAAUGAGUUGAAGAUGAAGAAGGCCCAGGUUGACGCCGAGUACGAACGAGCUGUGGCCGCCCACAGGGAGCAAGUGAAGCAGUUGAAUCUGUUUCUAGGCCCGCAACCCUCUAAGAAAGUAGCGGAGCUGAAGUUGGGGGGACUGGAGGUGCUCCGAAUUGAGUCGGACGUCCCCCCUGACGUAGCAGCCUCUUUGGUUUUCCGUUAG